CAUGGCCAGUGCGCAAGCGUUUAGCCGGGUGUCCUCCUCCCCUCCACUAGGGGGCGCUGCCUGCUGAGGAUAGUGUUCGAGUCAAAAGGCAGAGCUGCUACAUGUGACAUUGACAACAGAGGCACAAUGAGGCUGACUGCUCUCCUGUCGAUGGCAGCCAAGGUGGUUGUGCCCAAAGAUUACCGCUUCGGCACCAACAGACCCUGGACAGCGGCUGCUAAGAGGCUAAAUACUGCAGGGAAGAAGAGGAGGAAGGUGUUUGUGGAGCCGAUAGCAGCAGAGGACUGGUCAGUGCUGAAAGGAGACAUGGUGGAGAUUCUCUCAGGGAAGGACAAAGGGAAGCAGGGGAGAGUGAAUCAGGUCUUCAGACACAGAAACUGGGUUAUGCUACAGGGCCUGAACACACAUUUCAGGUACAUCGGGAAAACUGGGGAAACCCGUGGGUCCUAUGUUGCCAGUGAGGCUCCCCUCCUGCUCAAAGAUAUUGCGCUUGUUGACCCCUCUGACAGGAAGCCCACAGAGGUGGAGUGGAAGUUCACAGAGGAGGGUGAGAGAGUGAGAGUGUCUCUCAGGACGGGUCGAAUCAUCCCCAAACCGGUCGUAGAGCGACGAGAUGGCAUCGUGCCAGAGCAGUGGAAAGACGGUCCAAAAGACACUAGUCCAGAAGACACUCUAGAAAAGACCUACGCACCGUCUCUUAAAACCCUGGAGGAGGAAGUCAUGGAGAAAAUGGGCAUUGUGGAGAACAGAAGGCACAAAGGGUCCUACUGGUACUGACCAGAGACAUCAGAGACACUCAGGCCCAAUUGUGCUAUCCAGUUUUCACAGGCACUCUGAACUCACCAUGUUUUUGUGGAAGUCCUGCAGAAUGAAAAAGAGGAUGAGGCAAAGCAGACAUUCUGCUCAAAUGUUUCCUGGCUAGUUUCAGUCCUUCUCUAUUUACAGCAGUAUCAGAGUUUGAAUUGUGUUUUUUUUCUUUGUAAUUGUGAAUAAAUGUCAAAUGUAAACUAAUAUAAUUAGUAGAGAAACAUCAUAUUCUCUAUAUACAAACUAUUUUUAAAAUUAUGAUCACUUACAGUUGUUAUUUCUCAGGAAAGAAAGAAAAAGAGAAAAAUCAAACAACUGGAUAAUAACUGCUGCAUAUCCAUCCCUCCCACGAUGCUAACUUUAAAAGUUAAUUAUCCAUAACCAUUUUAAAUAUACAUUGUUUUAGAGAAUUUAAAUAAUAUUAAUAUGUUUUGGUUCAAGGAUUAUUUGAAAGUAUCAACUAGAUAUUUAUUGUUAAAUAUUAGUUGUAUGUAACCCUAACCAUCAAACAGGCUAGAUUCCCAAUCCUGAUUUAUUUUAAAGAUUCUUAAGUGACAAAAAAUAUUAGACCACAAUAAGGUUUGGCUUUGAUAUAUCAGCAUUGACAACAUAAAGUCAUCUGGGGAGAGAAUAUCACAUUUUCCACACUAGGUAAGCAGUAGAAUGAAACAUCUCUAAUGAGAUAAGAAACUUGGAAAAAAGUAGCUUCUGUCCCAGGGGAAAAUGGAUCACUUGACAUUUAGUGUCGUAAAAUCCUUCAUAAGCGCUGCAAAGUCGGCACGAUCUGAAAAGUAACAUUAUUCUUAGUAUUGGCGGGGUUAACAACGGUAAUGGUUGCAGCCUGUACGAAUCAUAUUAUUUUACAGGAGCCCAGACAUGCAGCUCUCCAAAACCUUAAAGCCUUGAGACAAAUGAGCCUCUCUUUCCAACGUGUCUGGGCAACAGUGUGCAGAGGGAGACUACACACACUUGGUAGUUUCAACAAAGUUCUCACUCACCUCAUUUGACUUUUAUACAACGGCAUCAGGUUCAAAUAUGACCUUGCAUCGGUGUCACUAACUCGUGAAUUUAUGAUCAUUUAUUUGAUAUAAAUAAACUAAGAAAACUGUCAAAGUUUAAAGAAAAAUCAUUAUAUAUUUCAUUAGAUACCAAAUGAUCAGCUGUGAUAAAAAACAAUCUUAGUUUCUUAUACUUAAAUGUACAUCUUACAUAGUUUGUUUCACAAUUAAUUAAACAAAUAUUUAAAGUAAUCAAUUAUUUGUUAAAAAGAUCAUUAAAAAAUAAUAAUACUGUAAGCAUAUCUUAGCAGACUGUGACAAAAAACUGAUAAGAAUCCCUCAUCACUUAUUUUUAACAAAAAAGACCAGAUAUAUACACUACUUAAAUAUAAGUUAAAUAAGUGAAGAAAAUGUAAAAAUAUCGGAAAAUGUUUACAGGAUUUCUCUCUGGUGAUUAAUCACAUUUUUUUAUAUGACCUCGGUAUUUUUAAAAGCCUGGAUGUAUACCCAUUUUUAAAUAGUGUUUAAAUAGUCUUAAAAUAGCCCGUUGUAGCUAUCAAUAUCCAGUUUUAUCUGCAUCUAUUAAAGGAAAGGCUGAUCUUUUUUUUUAAGCUCUCUUCAGCAGCACAUUUCUAGUGAGGGAGGUGGCAAAAUCAGUUUUACCCCGCUGGUUAACCACAAGUACUGAUUUCCUGAGACUCCAUGCCCUGCCAGAUCUUCAGCUGUAGAAGCAACUAACUUUGUUGCCAAGCAGUGACACAAAAAAUGAUGUGUCAAAGUAUCCCAGUGGCUCUCGAUACCCUCAUUUCUGGUCAGUCAGUAACAUCAUGCAGAAAGCAUGGCUAGGCGUUGGUUUGGCUGGCGAAUGGAUGAGUGCGGCAGUUUUUCCCAGACUCGUCUCUCCUGAACUUGUUUGCCUCUGCCUCUUUGAGUCCAAGAAGGAAUAAAAGCAGCCAGUCAGCGGAAACUGGGUUUUGAGGUUUUCGCUUUUAUGGGAGGAAAAUG